AUGUCGGUUCAAUAUAGAUCAUCUACAUUUUACACCCUACUCGCCUUGCGUCCCAUUUGCAUAGAGAACCGAACCUACGCCAACAGCUUUGGCACCCAAAGCGAGCGCUUUAACUACUUCAGCGCUGCUCCGAAUGCCGCCGUCAAUCACGACUUCAAUCUUGUCGAAGAGAUGGACGAAACUAACACCUUCAAUGCCAUCCUCAUUACAUAG